AUGGCUACAUCUAACACCGAAGUCAAUGAAAGUUUUCAUAGUGAAGAAUGGCCCUAUCAGUUGGCGGAGAUGUUACUUCAGAUCAGUGAAGAAGAAAAUUAUCCGGUGCAGAUCGAUGCUCGGGACAAGUGGGAUAAUACACCAUUGCACUUGGCUGUGCAGAACAGCAACAAUAAUGCGGCUGAAUUUCUGCUGAGAAGAGGUGCCGAUCCAAAUUUGGUUAACGCGGAGGGACUGACUCCUCUGCACUUGAUUUGCAAGUUGGACAUCGAUGUCCCCGAUUUAAUGAAGUUGCUGUUCAAGAUAGGCAAAGAAAAACAUCAACCAGUGCAAGUCGAUGCCAAAGAUGAGAAGCGACGGACACCACUUCGAUACGCCGUAGCGAGUCUCUUGCCGGAUGUGAUCGACGUACUCUUGGAUCAUGGUGCCGAUCUGUCCAACUUCGUUUUUCCCACCGAGAGUGACUUUUGUUCUAGAUCUGAACCGUGGUCUAAUGCAUCCGGUAUCAUGGUCGUCAGCGAACGUCUUGCAAAUAAAGGAUACGAACUGGACCGAGGCGAUGCCAAACCGGCGAAUUAUGACGAAUGUUGGAAUAUUGAUUGGGAAUUUUGGGCGCCACCGAAAAAGACUUUCGAGGAACUUGCGGCCAAUAUGUUAAUGAGAGGUAAUGAUCCGGGCCUGACGCUCAACGACCUGAUUCAGCUACGACCCGAAGAGGCGGAAAAACUACUCACAAAUUCACACGAGUUGCUGGAAAUUCUUGAAUCGAAUGACUACUGA